AUGUCGUACCCUCACGGAUCGUGGUCGACAAAAGAAGAAGGCGGACAUGGGCGGUAUACCGACGCUCCAGAAGCAGCAGGCUUUCAGGUGAACUACAUAGCGCUGAACUUCAUCAAUACCUCAACUGACAUGAUAUCUCGACAGGGAACCCAUUACCGACGCGUACCUGAGCGCGGAAUGGUGAGGCAAGCGUCGUCGAGUCCAACGUCGAGUCUAUCUGGCGCCAUGGGAGACGCUCACAUCACGAACCCUCAAAUGGGUGGCGGCGUACCGUCGGGGAUGGCUUGGUCCAUCCCCCAAGGUGCCUACGGCCAGUUGGCGGACGAAAGUUCGAUGUCCUCCUUCGGACCUGCGCCACCCACCCCCGCCUCGGCUAGCCCUUCAGGGCAGUUCUCUCUUUACACAUACCAGAACGCAUACAGUACUCCGUCAUAUAGUCCUAAUCCUGAUCCAUACCCUCACCAUCCUCCCUCUCUUCCAUCUCCGACUCCUUUCGAGCAGUUUGCGAUGCAGCAAGCUAAUGCAGAUGCAAUGGCACGAGCUCACCACGGCAUGUCAACCCCUAGCCCGACCUCCGCUGGCGCCAUGGCUGGCCAGAUGUCCAUGGCCCCGAGCCCCAUCCCAGGCGCGGUCCCAAUGGGACGAGCCCCUCGCCGCUCAAGCUCAGACGAGAUACGGCAGUUGCACCAACGGAUCGCAGAGCUCGAAGCCGACCGUGACACCGCCCUCCAGCGCGCGCAUCAGCUCGAGCAAGAACUAGCGCGCCGCAUAGGCGGGUUUGGGAGCUCCUUCGCGUCGGGCUCAGGUGCCCUUCCGUCCCCCGUCCCUACUCCUACGCGUGCGGCCCUCCCGAUGGCACUGGAAGAGAACUGGCGCGCGCGCACCGAGGCCCGCCGGCAGAUCUUCUGCUCCGUCAACCGCGCAGGAAACGCACUGUGUGCGUGGCACGACUCCCGCCGGGAACGCAGGGCGUACCCGCCGCGUAACGCACCACCUGGCGUGCUCAACUGCGGCUGCACGUACGAGGAGGCGCUCUUUGAAGAGAGCCUCUCGCGGCACGGCGUGGGCAGCUACCACCCCGGCGAGUCCGUGCGGAUGGACCCUGCGCUGCGGAACCCGCUGCUCCAGCUCCUUCAGACCCGCUACGGUUACCGCGACGGCGACUUCGACUUCGACCCCGUCACUCAGACGUGGCGGGACGGCGAGGACGCCGCUCACUGGAAACAGAAGCUUGCCUCUGGCGCGGCCAACGCGAGGCGCAACCGCGGCGAGGACCGUCGGUGA